AUGACACAGGUGCUCCGGUUUUUUCUUUCUCCAGCACUAGUUAUAGUUUCCCAUCUGGUGCUGCUGCUGUCCACAGCCUCUGUCUCCAGCAUGGCUGCCUCAUCACCCCUGCCGGCUCCACACUGCCCUAGCAAGUGCGGCAGCAUAGAGAUUCCCUACCCAUUUGGCAUCGGCGCCGAUUGCGCUUGGCCAGGUGAGGGUAACUUCACCAUUGCUUGCAACCAUAGUUUUAGCCCUCCAAGGCCAUACACUAACGAAAACGUGGAGAUUACGAGCAUCUCGGUAGAGACCGGGGAGAUGCAUGUCUACGCAAUUGUUGCGUACGUCUGUUACAACUCGUCCGACACCAUCGAACAAGACCAAGGGCGAAUCGGAUAUUCACUCGACCCGCCGUUGCUAGUCUCGCCUACCGAAAACGUCUUCACGGCCAUUGGGUGUGACACACUGGCGUUCCUGGAAAGUGGGUCCAACUACUUCACCGGCUGCACCAGCUACCUCGCGAGCUUGAAAGAUUCGGCUCUAGACGGAGACCCUUGCACGGGGUUGGGCUGCUGCCAGUCGUCAAUCCCAGGCAACCUUAGCACGAUAGAGAUUGGUUGGAACACCGACAAAAAUACCCAAGACAAUAAUUCUGCGUGGAACUACAGCCCAUGUAACUAUGCCUUUGUGGCCUACAAAGACUGGUACAACUUCAGCCGGCGAGACCUCAAUGGCAAGGGAUAA